CGGGAUUUGCUAUCCCGAGACUCCAGGCUAGGGGCUCCGGAGGCAGCCGAUCCGGUCUGCUAAGGGCCCUGGUGCUGCCGGAGGAUCCGACGCCCUUCCAACCUGCUGCGCCUCCUGUAGCGGCUGCCUGCGUUCCCGCGUUCCAGCCCCGGGUCGGGUGCUGAUGGAACCGCGGUGAUGUUCACUCUGGCCAGGCUGCUGGAUUUCCAGAAAACCAAAUACGCAAGGUUUAUGAAUGACCGAGUCCCAGCGCACAAGAGGUACCAGCCCACAGAAUAUGAACAUGCAGCCAACUGUGCCACCCACGCUUUCUGGAUCAUUCCCAGCAUCCUCGGCAGCUCCAACCUCUACUUCCUGUCGGAUGAUGACUGGGAGACCAUAUCUGCUUGGAUCUAUGGCCUCGGCCUCUGCGGCCUCUUUGUGGUAUCCACCAUUUUUCACACCGUCUCCUGGAAGAAGAGCCAUCUCAGGAUGGUAGAACACUGCCUGCACAUGAUCGACAGGAUGGUCAUUUACUUCUUCAUCGCGGCCUCCUACGCUCCUUGGCUGAACCUCCGGGAGCUGGGCCCCUGGGCUUCCCACAUGCGCUGGCUGGUCUGGAUUAUGGCCUCUGUUGGUACUAUCUAUGUCUUCUUCUUCCAUGAACGGUACAAGCUUGUGGAGCUGCUCUGCUAUGUGGUGAUGGGCUUUUUCCCCGCCCUGGUGAUCCUCUCCAUGCCCAACACCGAGGGCAUCUGGGAGCUGAUGACAGGAGGGGUCUUCUACUGCUUGGGCAUGGUCUUCUUCAAGAGUGACGGGAGGAUUCCCUUUGCUCAUGCCAUCUGGCACCUCUUUGUGGCAUUUGGUGCUGGUACUCACUACUAUGCCAUCUGGAGGUACCUCUACCUGCCCAGCACACUGCAGACCAAGGUGUCCAAAUGAGGUGACCCAGAUUCCAUGGGUCAUUUAGAUUUUGGAAUCAAAGCAUCAUGGAAAGUGAACUGUGAACUCUAACCUAAAGCAUAGUGCCAAGCUCUGCCUGCCUUUUCCUGGAUGGAAUUUUUUAAGGUUCUAAGGUCUCUUUCAGUGACAGCUGUACCACCUUUUGAGUCUCCAGCAAGGAAGAAAACAUUUAGCCAUCUCCAUGGAGAAGAAAUUAAUUCAGUACUGUGUUUCUACUUUAGACAAAUGAUUUUUUAAAUUAUAACCAAUAUUAACAUCUUCAGAAAAGGGCAAAAUAGGGAAUGACCCUCCAAGAGGUAAUUUUUAAGGUCCUGAGCACAUUCCUUUCUGCUGCAGGGGAAAGUCACCUAGCAUUAGAUGACAGAUGGGGAAUAUCCCUGACCAUUGCAGGCAUCAUCAAUCAAUUGCAGCAUUUACAUAGUGAUAGAAUUCAAUAUAGUGUCCCAAGCAGACAUUACUAAUUGAUUCUGUGCUCAUGAUGGAACCUCUUGGCUGGCCUGGUGUGUUAAGAAACAAGAUCACAGCAGAGUUAUUAGAAGUCACUAUAUGGAGGAACAUGUUUAUCUCUGGACACCAUUACCUUCUCCCUUCUCCCCCCCCCCCCCCCCCCGUCCACCUUCAAGGAAGUUCUUUGUGUGGGAUGUUUGGAGGCAGUGCGGGGAAACCAAGGCAUCCAUUCCCAACAGCUGCUCACACUCUGCUCCACUAUGGCUGGUCCUUGGUUCUGGAGGUGCUGAGGGCUGGGAUGAGGAUGCUGCUACUUGGCCAUUUCUUCUCAUCUCACAGAAUCAAAAGAAACCAUGAAGCUGAGCUCACCAGAGGGCUUUUCUUGGUGUCCAGAGACAUCUCUCAGAGGCCCUCUGUUGGGCCCUCUGGCAGGGUCUUCGUCUUCCAGAAUGAAUGGAACGUUUGCAUCCCCAACCUCUGAAGUGGCAUGAAGAACAUGGCUGCCAGGGGCCUCUCCUCAGCCACCUCUACUCCUGGGCUAGCCUUGACACAAGAUGCCACCUGGACACUGGCGGAGUGCCGGAGCUGCGGGUCUAGCUCCUGACCUGAACUGACACCUCAGACUCUCUGGAAGAGGCUACUGGAAAUCCAGGGUCCUGUUCAAUGACUGCCAGCCAGAUGGAUGUGGGCGAGGGUGGGCCAAGACAGGGUGCCUUAUACUUUGUUCUAGCACAUUCCAAGGUAUUUCAGGGCUUCGGCACCUGGAAUCCCAUAUGUCAAAGCCAGUAUUAAAUCAAGUUUAUGCAUUCUUCAGAAA